AUGCGGUCGCUUGGAUUUGGAAAUUGGAAUGUCGAAUUUGUGUUUCUAAAUUUUUGCACUCUUCUUCAAGUGGGGAGAUAUUAAAAUAGCCAAUCGAUAUUUCUGUUUGUUAACAUAGUAAAUUUGAAAGAAAGGUCGAAACAAAUUUUGUUUAGCAUCUUGAAUUAAAGAAAAUGACCGAGGAAGGAGAAAUAUCGUCGCCCGAUGUUGAUGAAAACGAGAUCAGUGGUGAACCUGUCCUUGAUGACAUACUUGGUGAAACGGGAAAUGACGAGUUUGUCCUUGAUGACAUACUUUGUGAAACGGGAACUGAUGAGUUUGCUGCAGAGUUAGAUAAAGCAACAAAACCUACAACUCCUACCACACCUGAUAUACCUGCUAAUCUUACAGCUAAGGUAGUUAAUAAAGAGGAAGAAAGUAAUGAGAGGCAUGCCGUAGAAGAUGCCAAUGAGCAAAAAUCAAAAACUCCUAAGGUAAUUAAGGCAAAGCCUAAAACACCAGUGUCAAAAAAAUUGAAACACCCUGCAAGCAAAACUAAAGUAAAAGCCAAAGCACUUCCUGGUUCAAACAAACCAACUUUAGAAAAAUCUAAGAAACCAGCCAAGAUCAGUGUGACAAAAGAUGAUGAAAAAAAUAAUUCAUGUCCUUCCAAACUCAAAUUUGAGCAGACGAAGGCCGGCAAAGUAGUCCCAAAGGCAAAGAGUGGUGUAAAAGCAAAAGUUGGCACUUCAGUCAAAACAGCAACUAAAGUUAAAUCUGCAAGUUUGGUUGAUGAAAAUAAGAAAAGUGAAAUUGGAAAGGAUAACCCCGAGUCACAGAGAAGUCCAAAGGUUAGUGCUAAACCAGUGGAGAAGAAGAAAGUCGCCAAGAACGUUGUGAAGAAAGCUACUUUGAAAACAGCAAAGACCACAAUUAAGGCUGUCAAAAGUAGCAAUGCAACUGCAAGCAAAGAUGAAAAACAGGAUUCUGGAAUACAAAAGAAAUCAACAGACACAACGGUAUUGAAGAUCGAAGUCAAAAAGGAAAUAAUGAAUCCAGAUGAGACUAACAAACCCAAGAAUGACCAAACUAAAUCGGUGAAACAAAUGACAACAGGAAAGAAAAGACCUGCAUCUUCUAAGCCAGCUGUUAGUGAUGCAAAAAAAGCUAAACCUAAUGAAAAAAAGCCUGUUCGGAAGGCCAAAACUUCUCUUCAAAAGAAAUCAUCUGUAAAACCAAAGAAUGCUGAAAUCAAACCCAAGGUUGAAAUGAAAGUUGAAGAUGUUGUUGAUGUAACAGAAAAGACUGAUGAGACAAUUGUGGCUGAAUCGAACUCAGAUGUUAAAAUGGAAGAAAAUACAAUGGAGGUUGCAAAAGAAAUUAAAGAAGAAGAGACUGAUACAAAAAUGGAAGAACUUGACCAGCAAAUGACUGUAGUAGAUGAUGUUGGUGUUAGCAGUUCAGCUGCAACUUCUGAGAAUCAAAAAUCCAUUUCCAGAUCUCCAUCUCGUUCAAAGUCACCAUACUACUCCGAUCAAUCAGGGGCAGAAGACGAAUCACAGAACUUUGAAAAUUCAUCCAAACACAGUCGGGAGAAAUCUAUAUCGCCCAUAGUUUAUGACAGACAAUCAUCUGCGUCUGAAAGUGAUUCUUCGCGGUCUGAAGCAGAUAGCGACCCUGUGAAAAGUAAAGUAGAUAAAAUACCAAAAGAAAAGCCUAACAUUGACGAAUACCUCAUAAACGCUCGAUUCUUUAUAAUGAAAAGCAGUAACUGUGAAAAUGUGUCUUUAUCAAAGGCUAAGUGGUCGACGCCAUAUGCAAAUGAAAAACGAAUCAACUUUUCCCUCAAGAAAUACAAGAAUGUGAUCUUGAUUUUCUCCAUCAAAGAAAGUGGCAAAUUUCAAGGUUUUGCUCGUGUUGUAAACGAGGCCGAAUAUGGCGGUAAACCUGUACCAUGGGUAUUACCUCCUGGGUUGAGCGCUAAAGCAUUGGGUGGAGUAUUUAAGUUGGAAUGGCUUAACAGGAAGGAGUUACCCUUCUCGAGAUGUGCUCAUCUGCGAAAUCCCUACAAUGAGAACAAAGAUGUGAAAAUAUGUCGUGAUGGCCAGGAGGUUGAACCAAAUAUUGGAAGAAUGCUGUGUAAGCUGUUUCCCGAUGACGACACUGUGAUACUGAGCAGUAGCAAUAAACAUCGAGCGAAUAACGAGAGAGAGCACAAGAGAGCGGAUCCCGGGUCGCCUAGUAGGCGGCGAUCUUCUCGUAGGCACAUAUCCCCUUCCUCUCACCGUCGCAAGCGUAGACACCGUGAAAGAGAAGGACGCCAUCGUUCAAGAGAACGCUUUGAUAGUUUAAGUAUCAUGGAUUCUAGAAGUCGCUACGGAGUUCGAAAGGAAACGUUAAUGCAUGGGAGUUACUCGGAUUAUGUACGAGAAUUUCGUUCAAGGCAACCACCAUCCGCUUAUCCAUCGUAUGGUCGUAUCGAUACUUAUCCAGUGAUGUACCCACAUGACUUUAUGAGACAUGACAGACAAGCUAGUUACAACAGAAGAAGAAGAUGAACUUUUCUCUUGUCUUGCUGGAUUGAAUAUCUUAACUGCUGUAUAUAUGUUCAAUUUUUUUAAAAAAUGAAUCUCUUUAAUACGUA